AUGCAGAGCCUAUACCAGGCCGCAGGCCGAAUUCUCAUUUCUCUGGGGGCUCUCAGUGUAUCCUCUGGAGUUACUGCUUUCUUCCCUGUCUUUUCGUACAAGCUUUGGUUCACGGGAUGGAGUGUCUGGAUUGCUUGCCCCAUCUGGAAUGGAGCUUUGGCCAUCACGACGGGCACGCUUCUGCUGUUGGCUCGCAGACAGCGGACCGGGACAUACCUGUGGGAAGCUAGUUUCACCUUUGUGAUUCUGAGCGUGAUGGGAUGUCCACUCCACUUUGCAGUAGCCUUGGAAUCUGCCCUCCUCGGCCCAUAUUGCUUCUACUCGCUUUCAGGGAUUGCAGGGACCGAUUACCUCGGUUACGCGGUUGCCUUUCCGUUUCCAUAUGCAAAAUUCCCAUCAGUUUGUGUGGACCCACCACACUACGAAGAGUACCACCUGGCACUUCAAGCCUUUGACCUGUGCCUGAGCUUUGCCAUGCUCUGUGUGUCCCUGACAGUGCUCAUCAAGCUUUCUGCGGGACGUAUCUGGAAUAGACACUCACAGAAGAAAGGAGCUGGACUUCCCAGUUUUCUAGCCCCUUCUCGCUCUCAUCACCCGGCCCCCUAUGGCCCGGUUCUCCGUCCAGCCCUUUGGCUCCACCUCCCCGCCCAGAGAGUCACCAUUAUCAUCCUCUUCGGAACUAAUAAAAAGCAAUAUGCAAACAAGUACGGUGGUGACACGGGUGUGAUGGCAACACUGCAAGACAAGCUUGAGACCUACCGGAGGAUUAUUGAGCCACGGCAAAGACUUACUGGAUGUGCGAACCCCGUGAAAACUCCAAGGGAAGAGAGCGUCGCGUGCAGUGUUGCUCAGAAUGUCCCCUCGUCGCAGCUUCACAGAUUCUAG